AGGCCGAUAAGAAGCGGCAUACAGAUGCUCGUUCGCACCUUCCGUAUUGUGCUAUAUAAGAAGAGGCUUGAUUGAUAGGAAGGCUCUCGCCUCACAUCAUGUCUCUCACUCUACCUGGCGGAAUAGCUCUUGUAACCGGAUCUGCAUCUGGCAUCGGUCAAGCAAUCACAAUCUCAUACGCCAAAGCCGGCGUUGAAGGUAUCUUAGCCUGUGAUAUCAAUUUCGAUGGACUCGACGCAACCAUCGAAGAGUGCAAAAAAGUUGCUACUCACCCUAAUUUCCGCAUCCUCCCAUUCAAAGUCGACGUCCGGAUCGAUAAGGAUGUUAUCAGCAUGGUCGAAUCCGCCGUGAAGGAAUUCGGUCGACUGGAUUAUGCUGCCAAUGUAGCCGGAAUCAUCGUAACGCCUGUGGCUACCGUUGAUCAGACCAUCGAGGACUGGGAUAACAUCCACGCAAUUAAUGUCCGCGGAGUCUUCUUGUGCAUGCGGGAAGAGAUCAGGGCCAUGCUCAAGAACGAGCUUCGACCCUUGAUCCCGGAUCGUGCGCCCACCCGAGGAUCUAUUGUGAACAUGGGCUCCCUCGCUUCUGUUACCCCCAUGCCCGGGAUGACCGCAUAUACCGCCUCAAAGCAUGCGGUGGUUGGAAUGACAAAAGCUGCGGCGGUGUCACACAGUGCAGAUGGUAUCAGAAUCAACACGGUCAACCCCGGAUACACGCUUACUCCUCAAGCUCGGGCAUUCGUCUCUGACUUUACUCCAUAUGAGAACGGAACACUUAUGAAGCGUAUGGGCUCGCCCGAAGAAAUGGCUGAUGCGACCCUCUUUCUCAGCAGCCCGCUGAGCUCAUAUAUGACUGGGUCUUCUGUAUAUAGUGAAGGUGGAGCUAUGAUCUUGUUGAAGUAACGAGGCGUGAGGCCUGCACUCCGGAGCGGUCCAAUUCUGUAUUGUUAUGGUUGUGGAAGUACGCUUGUCUUUUAUCGCAGUGCAUGGUUAUGCAUAUGGGCAGCUGUGGAUGGUUUCGUGGUCGAAACAAGAUUUACCACCCUUACUAGAAAACAAGACCAAGACACAAAUGCUUUCUGAAGCUCGACUGCUGGAAUAAAAGGCAAUGCGUCCUGAGGUUGUAUACGGAGACUGAGACCAGAGUAACGUGGGGAACACGGC